AUGUCAUCGUAUCUUCGUCAUAUCAUAUUGCUUGCAGUUUUUAUAUUUGUUAAUAGCAUUGCCAUACGUAACAAUGAAAUAACAAUGAAUAGCAAUCAACGUGCCGUGAUACGUGCUAAUCGACACGGCAAAACAGCAAUAAAAAAUGAAAUAGAUGAAACAACGAUGUCACCAACAUACCAAACAACGGUACCUUCGGUAACACAGGGAACAGAGGAAACAACAGUGACACCAGUAACAGAAGAAACAGACGAAACAACGGUGUUUCCGAUAUCACAUGGAAUAACGGUAUCGCCAGUAAUAGAGGUAACAUUAGUGUCACCAACAGCAGACGAAACAACGGUGUCUGCAACGUAUCAAACAGUGAUACCUCCGGUAACACAGGGAAUGGAGGAAACGACAGUGUCAUCAAUAACAGAGGAAACAACGCUGUCACCAAAAUACCAAGCUAUGAUACUUCUGGUAGCACAAGAAACAACGGUAUCUCCAGUAACAGAGGAAACAACCGUGUCACCAACAUACCAAACGACGAUAUCUCCGGUAACACAGGGAAUAGAGGAAACGACUGUGUCACCAAGAACAGACGAAACAACGCUGUCACCAACAUACCAAACAAUGAUGCCUUCAGUGUCACAGGAAGCAACAGUAAUAUCAUUAACAGACGAAACAACAGUGUCACCAAAAUACCAAACGACGAUGGCUUCAGUGUCACAAGAAACAACGAUGUCACCAGUAACAGAGGUAACAAUAGUGUCACCAAUAACAGACGAAACAAUAAUGUCACCAACAUACCAAAUAACAAUACCUACGGUAACAGAGGAAACAGAGGAAUUGCCAGCAACAAAGGAAACGACUGUGUCACCAACAACUGAAAAAAUUCCAACCACCAAUGAGAUAACAACAGAAGUACCAACAGCGAUAAUCAUCACUCAAAGUACUUCCGAUUUCUACCACAAUAAUUCAUUGACAACAACGGUACCAUAUUUGGUAACAAAAAUGAGCGCUUUAUUUUCUCUUUUAUUAUAUCAGUAUUAA